CAGCUCACUAUACGCCAUUCUCCAUCAGGGCAAUAAGUGUGCUUUGACAACAAUGGCGGUUAUUGCUAUCAAACCUUCUGAUGGAGUCAUAAGACAACGUGAAGCUGCUUGGAAUUCAGUGAAGGAUGGCUGUGACAAAAUAAACGAACCUGGAAGUGGAACAAACAUGAAGUUCUUUCUGCCAACAGUGGACUGUGGUUUCACUAUCAACUCUGUUUGCGAUGAAUACCCUCGAAAGGUCGCUCAAUCCCCCGCACUAUACGACAAGCAACCAGCGAAGAUUUCGUUUUACCGUCAGGCAUGUUUCGUCUAUUUCCCCGGUGAUACAAUAAUCGAGACUUUCACCAUCCUCGUACCUCUUCGUGUUUCAGGGCAGAUCGAACUUGGGAAUGAGAACGAUUACAUAACGAUGGAUGAGGAUCAUUAUUAUCACAUAUUGAGCAAGGCUGUUUUAAGGCUAAGGGCUGGUAGUAGGCUCGAAGCUAUCGCCAUAGGCAGAAUAAAGUAGAACGCUAGGGAGUAAGGAUUUGGGGUCUUGUUAGGACACAGGAAACAACAUCAUCAAA